CUUAGAACUUCUAUGCCCAGAAACCGUCGGCCCUUGCAGCAGCUACACAGUACAGCCUGAAGCCCCUCCCCCCCUAACGUCCCUCAGCCCCUGUGACAAACUGCCAUCGGCGGCUGCUGUGGGCAAGUAACUAGCCCCGCGCCCCCAACCCUUCAGAUGACGCCCUUUCCAACAUCACCUUCAGCCAGCUGGCCUGGUAUUUGAAGUCGUGAGACAUGAUAAGCCGGAGCCACAAUUGUCAGAAUAGUAUCCUGCAAGUGCAAGGACAUGAUCAGACAUUCUCUGUUGCCCGCAUCAUCACUGCCGCCUCGACCUUCAUGUUUAUCGUGACCUGCACGGCAUCUUGACGCCGCUCUUGAUUGCUACCGCCACGCCAUCUCCGUGACCCAUCAACAGACCACCCCGCCGUGAGCUUCGAUAUGUCUUCGCUGUUUACUGCCACUCUCCAUCCUGGGAUAGCCUUGGGUUUCUUGGUGAUCGGCGCAUCGCUUCACGACAUCCUCACACGACUGAAGGCUGAACCCCAUCGUUUCCCAAAGCUCGAUCUAGUAUACUCGCCCUCGCACCCCGUCACAGAGCCCGUCGUCCUCACGUUGCCGGCGAAUGGCAUCAGACUGCGCUUCGAUGGCUCCGAGCAGCGCUUGCGCCUAAUCGAGGUCAUCGACUUCACCAAGAACCGAAUAACCUACGGCCACCCUGAGAAGGACAUUGUAAAGCCCACAGCUGAUCAGGACAAUGCAUCGUAUAAGGGGGCUGGCGAGUCGACCGCUGGCCCCAACUUUAAGACAAUCUACCACAGGUUGAUGGGCCCAACCUAUGCCGGCGAGUAUAUACCGGCCGAAGAUGACAGCAAGACUGCUGUUGGCACAUACGUCUUGUCAUAUCCAGGCGUUGCUUUCAGCUUCCCGCUGCCUGAGCCGGCCUACUCACCCGAAAAGGAUGUAGUGUCGCUCUUGUCGUCCACGCAAAGCCAGACCGCGAGGUCGAUGGCUAUCUUCAACGGUAAAUCAUGGGCUGAGGCGCGCGAGACUUUAUGGACCGAACUGCUGCCGAGUGUCAAGUCCACGUAUCUGUUUAACAAGAGCAAGGAUAUAGUCCCAGACGAGAUCUCUCUAGUCAAGAUUCAUGGUGGCGGAAGAUUGCAGCUUUUUAAGAAAUGGACACCGGCAUCGGUAUGGAUAACCCUCGGCGAGACCACGCCACAGGAGCUGGUGGCGGAGCUGGGGCCUCCUGAUGCAAUAUACAGAAAGAACGACCAGAGGAUGUACAUCCAUAAGAACAGGACAGCAAGCCACAGCAGGUCUAGGUCAAAUGGCCCGGAUUACAAACGGCCUGAUGAUCUCACGGAUACCGAUCAGUCCUCCGCGCAUGCUGACUCAGAUGACACUGACGACGAAGCUAUCGAAGAUGAAUUCGUCGGCAACGUCUCGAAAGAGUGCUUCUAUAACUACUUCUACUUGGGUUUCGACAUUCUUGUGUCGCCACCAGUGCCCCCCUCGCCCCUUCCGCCUUCGCACGACGCCGGCAUGAAUGGCGACUUGCAUAUCAGCGACAAGUCGGUGAAAACCGACAACUCGGGUCGGCUCGUCGCCAGUAAACUAGUGUUACACGCCAACGUCCCUGGCGCAUACCCAUUCAACCGCCAUCGUCGUUGUCGGUGGGAGAUCGCCUACCUUUCGUCCCCUGCCCGAGACCUUCCGGUCGCAGACUCCGAAACGAGGUUUAACGACCUCGAGGAACGCUUGCGUGAGGAGUGGAGGAGUACGUACUCGUCCGACCACGACGCAAACAAACGCCAGCGUGGGAUGGUCCUGAAUCGAGGUUGGGGCGACAGUCCCGGCUCAAGCUGUGAGUUCCUCGGUGGUUGGGAGGACAGCAGCGGCGGCAUGGCGGCCAAGAAGUUCGAUGGGAACGAAGACUCGACAACAACCUUGUAUGGGUUCCCAGGCCUAGUGUUUGAGGUGUUGAAGAACGGGUUUGUUAGCGCCGUAACUGUGUUCUGAGACUACGUUAUAUGCCACAUGCUGUUGUUUCGGAUUUUGAUGGUCUCGGUGUUCAGCGGCGAUAGCUGUUCGCGUUAGCCAUGUGUUAAUGGGCAGCCUUGCAUCAGGCUGGUGGGCGGAUUCAUGGGCAGGGGUUGAGAGUAGCAACGUGUAGAUGAGUUUCUGAUUUCAUUAGACGCAUAGAAUACUGCUGCUUCUGAAAGCACACCCAAAGACAUUAUGAUCAGAGACUUACAAUGUUUACAAGUCAUUCAUCACUGAUAUACCCAAAAAGUCUUUGCUG